AGCAACCGAGCCCGCUCAAAGCCCGCUAUAAUAGGUAUCACGCUGGCGAUGCUGUACUGGCUAGCGACUUCACACUGACCUCACGUCUUUCCGCACUCCCCUCCUCAGUCCACCACCAUGUUCGCAGCUCUGCGGAAGGCCCCUUCUAUUGCUCGGGUCGCGUCUGCCGGUCAGAGGCGCUUCCUCUCCAUACAUGAAUACCAGUCCGUGACGCUGUUGAACUCCUACGGCAUACCCACUCCGAAGAGCAUACCUGCUAAGUCUCCGGAAGAGGCGUUCGAGGCAGCGCGUCAGUUCGAAUCCACCGGCUGUGUCAUCAAAGCUCAAGUACUCGCUGGCGGACGAGGAAAGGGCAAAUUCGACAAUGGGUUCCAAGGAGGUGUUCAUUUGAUGCUUGGAGCCAAAUUGAUCACGAAGCAGACUGGGGCCUCAGGGCGCAUUUGUAACGCGGUCAUGCUCGCUGAGCGCGAGAACGCGUCCCACGAGUACUACGUCGCAGUACUCAAUGAUCGCAAACCGAGGGGUGGUAUGAACAUCGAAGAAGUGGCUGCUAAGGAUCCUAGCGCCAUCAUCACAACACCUAUCACUUCGAGAAGGGUUGCGAAGAAGCUUGGCUUCAAGAGCGAAGCAGCAGUUAACGAGGCUGCGGACAUCUUCAUCAACUUGUACAAGAUCUUCAAGGAGAAAGACGCCACGCAGAUUGAGAUCAACCCAUUGGGUGAGACCGCUGAUGGGCGUGUUCUCUGCAUGGAUGCGAAGUUUGGCUUCGACGACAAUGCCGAUUUCCGCCAACAAGACAUCUUCGCCCUCCGAGACAUCACACAAGAGGAGCCUUCCGAAGUCGAGGCCCAGAAGGCGAACCUAAACUUCAUCAAGUUGGACGGUAACAUUGGCUGCUUGGUCAACGGCGCGGGUCUUGCAAUGGCAACCAUGGAUGUCCUCGCUCUUCACGGUGGCAACCCGGCUAACUUCCUUGAUGUUGGAGGGGGUGCAACUCCGGAAACUGUGAAGACCGCAUUCGGGAUCUUGCUUGCUGACCCUAAGGUCAAGACCAUCUUCAUCAACAUCUUUGGCGGUAUCAUGCGCUGUGACUAUAUUGCCGAAGGUGUCAUUCGGGCGACGAAGGAAUUGGGGUUGAGCAUUCCUCUGGUUGUUCGCUUGAAGGGUACCAAGGAAGCUGAGGCGAAACAGAUGAUUCGCGAGUCUGGUCUAAAGAUCAUGCCCUUUGACGAGCUAGACGAGGCGGCGGAGAGUGCUGUACUGCUCGCCAGCCCGUAGAUCUCAGAGGAUAACCUGGUACCUUCGACUUGCCAUUAGAGUAGGUCUAUAAUCCGAGCUGGUGGGCAAGAAUAUGUAUACGCGGGCACAAGUCGCUUGCGGGAGGGUAUGAAUAUGUAACAGCACUGCAGUAUUGAGAUGAUGAGAAGCGUA